UCUACAUCAGCUUCUUCCACUCCUAAGCUCGUCAAACAGACGUCGUCCACAAUGUCGGACGACUCAGCGAGCCAGACUCAUACGCCGUCACAAAGAUACCUCUCUACUAGGGGUGGUGACUACAAUCUCUCGUUUGAAACCGUUGUGCUCAAGGGACUGGCCGCAGAUGGCGGUCUUUUUUUGCCUGAAGAAGUUCCGGUAGUAGAGGAUUGGAGAAGUUGGAAAGACCUAUCCUACUCCGAACUGGCGCUCCAGAUCUUCAGCCUGUAUAUAUCACCCGAUGAAAUCCCGAGGGACGAUUUGAAAGCCAUCAUUGAUCGAAGUUACUCGACCUUCCGUGCGAAGGAAAUUGUACCGUUGCGGCAUCUCAAGGACAAUCUAUAUCUGCUUGAACUAUUCCAUGGCCCGAGUUAUUCCUUCAAGGAUUGCGCCCUGCAAUUCUUGGGCAACCUCUUUGAGUAUUUUCUUGUUCGGAGGAACCAGGGGAAAAAAGGAACAGACAGACAUCAUCUAACAGUCGUCGGCGCGACGAGCGGUGAUACUGGGUCUGCAGCGAUUUAUGGCCUUAGGGGCAAGAAGGAUGUAUCAGUGUUCAUCCUGCAUCCAAAAGGUCGUGUCAGCCCUAUUCAGGAGGCCCAGAUGACCACUGUCUUGGACAGAAAUGUCCAUAAUAUGGCCGUAGAGGGGACAUUUGACGAUUGUCAAGAUAUCGUCAAGGCGUUGUUUGGCGAUCCUGAUACGAACCAAACUUUGAAGCUCGGUGCUGUCAACUCCAUUAACUGGUCCAGGAUACUCGCUCAGAUCGUUUAUUACUUCUACUCAUACUUUUCGCUUGCUAAAGCAUCUUCAUCGUUCAAGAUAGGAGAUAAAGUCAGACUCGUGACUCCCACUGGAAAUUUUGGAAAUAUCCUUGCAGGCUAUUUUGCAAAGAGGAUGGGCCUGCCCGUGGAUAAAUUAGUCGUGGCGACAAAUGAGAACGAUAUCCUGGACCGGUUUUGGAAGACUGGUCGAUAUGAGAAGCAUCCAGUUCAUGGCGAAGACGCACAAGGUGGUCUGAAAACCGAUGGUGUAAAGGCUCACGGAGACGGCUGCAAGGAGACUCUGAGCCCAGCUAUGGAUAUUCUGGUCUCUAGCAACUUCGAGAGACUUAUGUGGUUUCUAGCAAAAGAGUUUGCGUCAACACUUGGCUUGAACGAUCAAUUUAACAAGGAGAAAGCUGGGCAAGAAGUCUUGGCCUGGUAUCAGUCACUGAAAGCGACAGGCGGCUUCGGGCCUGUGCACCAGGAAAUCUUGGAAAAUGGUCGUCAUAGCUUCGAGAGUGAGCGUGUGAGCGAUCAGGAGACUCUAGAGACCAUCAAAUCCUAUUACGAACAGACCGGAUACGUGCUAGAUCCCCAUUCGGCAGUCGGCGUGGCCACUGCGGAGAGAUCUAUCGGUCGUACUGGCUUACAGACGCCUCACAUCUCGCUCUCAACUGCCCACCCUGCCAAAUUCUCAGGGGCCGUCAAAUUGGCUUUGAAGGAUAACACCGGCUUCAAUUUCGAAGAGCAGGUGCUUCCUCCGGAGUUCGUUGCUCUUGACAAGCUGGAGAGGCGCGUGACAACGGUGGAGAAUUCUUGGGAAAAAGUGAGAGAGAUUGUCAAGAAGCAGGUUGACGAGGAUUUGAAAACUGAAGGUAGUGCUUGAUAAAGGUGUUGGCAUACGGUUUAUACGAAGCUUUAGAAAAGAGCACGUCUGAAAAAUAAAAGAAUUGUCUUAGAGCUGCGCAAAAGAGUUUCAAAAUUUGUGACUGAGCAAUUUGAGCAGAGGGUAAAGCGAGGCUGAAUCGAGGGUGGGUAGCGCCUGAGCAAAGCAGCGACGGUCAGAUAUCGUCGGAGAUCUAUCUAGUUUGUAAUCCUCAAAACGGGAUGCUUUAAAAAAGGGUAUUGUGAGUUCUUAUUUGGCGUUUUGCUCUCUAUCUGUUUAUGUGAAUCGUUUCAUCUCGCAAGUAGUCCGUCCUCCUUUUCUUUUUUAAAAUAAUACCUCCUAAACCCAAACCCCCCCCCACCCCU